GAAUGACCAAAGUGGGCAGUGUGAUGUUCCUGUAUUAAUGUAUAUAUGCACCCAUGGCGGACCUCUACAACACACCCAAGGGAGAAUCCUUUCAGCAGGCAGAAGGCUCUACGAAUCAGCCUCCCAGUUCAACAGCAGUGGAGUCCGGUAGGGCCCGCAGCGCCUCUGUUGCUUCCACCAGUUUCCAGUUAAGCAGCCGCAACCCGAAGGAUGUUCUGCGCCACCGCAUAUUCCACUUAUCUGAACAACUGCGGGUAGAGAAAGCCAAUCGGAAUGACAAUACCUCAUGCUAUGUGGAGCUGGUGAGCAAGGCUGACCGAGAGAAAGCACCCUCCAUCCGCCAGGCCUUUGAACGUAUCAACCAGCGCUCCUCAGCCAAUAUUGCCCAACUAGAACAGCGCCUACAGGAUUCCUUAACCCAGCUGAGGAAGUUAGAACAAAGAGUUCUGACAAGUCAGGAAAGCAGCAGCAGCAAUGCCACCACUCCCCAGCAGCAGCUCGCCACUGACAGAAACAGCAUAUCCCAUCAGGUUUCCUUCAGCAUACCCAGGAUCCGCACUACAGAAACUUGCACUGUUGAGGAAAUUAACCUCCCUUCCAUUUCAGAGAGCAAGGAAAACGGGGCUUUUCUGGAGGCUGUCCCAAAGCAAAUCCUUGAGGAGGAGAGCAGUCAGAGAGUGCAGGAGGUGAAGUCCCAGCUGCUUGAGCUUCGAGAAGAUCACAAGGCCUUGGAGGAUGAGUGGCACAAGCUGGAUGAGGCAUGGAAGGCUGACAAACAGCAGAUGAUGGAACUGCUGCAGGAGGAGAAGAAGAGGUAUUUUCAUCUGGAAGUGCAGGUGAAUGACGUGAUACAGAUAAAUCUCAACGAGAUCACCAACCUCAAACAUGACCUGGCCUGCACUGAGGAGAAGAUGGUCUACCAGUCUUACGAGAGAUCCCGGGACAUCUGGGAGGUACUGGACUCCUACCAGACCCGGCUGGCCAAACUGGAAAUGCAGCAGCAGACCCAGCAACAGGAGGCAAUGGAGCUGCCCCAGGCCAGUGUAUAUAAACUCUAUGGGCAGCUCAUGAACCUGCUGCUGACUGUUGCCACUAUUCUCUUGGUGUGUGUCUCCACUGUUUCAGCCUGUGCCCUUCCUCUACUGCGCAGUCGCUGGCGUGCCCUAACCACUCUGUUUGUGAUCCUCUUCAUAAGUGCUGCCUGGAACUACUUGCCUGUCAUCACCCAGCUGGAAUGGAGAACAUGGCUUCCCUCAGCCUGGUAGCCAGAGAACAAAAUAGCACACAGAUCUCCAAAUCCAUCCUAGUGCUUUCCAACACUCCCUACU